CGAGAAACACGCCACAUUCGACUAACAGCUGCACAGGUGGAUGCCGAACCAAAUGCAGAAUACGACUGGGACGUCGCAAAUAGCUCUUAUGAUGAUCACUCAACAGAUGACUACAAUAACAAUUCAGUGUAUACUGAGCCAACAACGAUGGCGGUAGUGAGUCACAUCCAUUGUUUUCCUGUCAUCCGCGAAGAAGACUGACAGCUUCAACAUGGCCGAAUCGGAGCAGCGAUCAGGAGCCCUUCCUGAGGAUGAAGCCCUUGAGGUUACAACAACUUUCACGGUACCCAAGAAAGAAAUUGCCAUGGUGCCCGACAUGGGCAAGUGGAAGCGGUCGAAGGCUUACGCUGACUACAUGGGAUUCAUUCUGACUCUUAACGAAAGUGUGAAGGCAAAGAAGCUAACGUGUGUCUAUAGAGUCUCUGAGACAGUGGAGAAGUUACUCGAUCUUUUGGGGACACUGGACCGCUGGAUAAAUGAGACCCCUCCUGCUGACCAGCCAUCUCGCUUUGGUAAUAAAGCCUUCAGAACCUGGUUUGCUCAAUUAGACCAGGAAGCAGAAGCCUUGGUGUCUGCAGUGCUGCCUGCUGACAAACAAGCCGCAGCUCCAGAGAUUGCUGUCUACCUGAAAGAGUCUGUGGGCAACUCCACCAGGAUAGACUAUGGAACAGGUCAUGAAGCUGCUUUCGCUGCAUUCCUCUGCUGUCUCUGUAAGGUCGGAGCUCUUAAAGCGGACGAUCAGAUGGCGAUUGUUUUCAAGGUUUUUAACAAAUAUCUCUCAGUAAUGCGGAAGCUUCAGAGGACAUACAGAAUGGAACCAGCUGGAAGCCAAGGCGUAUGGGGUCUCGAUGACUUCCAGUUUUUACCUUUCAUAUGGGGUAGCUCACAAUUCGUUGAUCACCCAACGCUCGAACCUCGCCACUUUGUUGACGAGAGGGUGGUAAACGAACAUCAGCAUGACUACAUGUUUCUGGAGUGCAUCAAGUUCAUAAAUGAGUUGGCUCGCAGUCUCCCAGCUGGAAGUACCUCAAAGCGACAUGAAGAUCUAAGCAACAACAUGUAUAUAGCGAAGUCCAAAAUGUUUGGAGAAGUUUCCAGUUAUCCAGCACUUCAAAUUUGGGAGCCUGCUGUCGAUCCAGCCGUCAAAGCCUUGACGCUCAUUGGUGAAUUGAGGAACGCGAUGAAAAGACCAAAAUCCCAGCACAUCAGAUCGACCUUUUCCCCAUUUGUCGAACAGCGUACCGUGGAUUGACAGCACCGCAGACGUGAAAUGCGGUCACGAAGGCUUGUUCGACCUCGCAUCCAAACGCAACUUGAGUGUUCGGCGCACAUGUUGACAGCUCCCCGACUUCUCCGCGCAUCGGCACCUACACACUCGAUAACAGAACACACCCUUUCUGGAAUUAAAACAAUGCAUUCUUGCUCAGUCCUGUUUUGUUCCAGGCUAACCAAAUUGGAAGAAGAAGGAUGUGAGGUCCUUCACUGGUUCACUCCCAACCACAUCCAGAUGUCUUGAGUCAAGAGAAAUGGAUUUUGCUUGCAUUUGCUUAAGAGUUGCCAUUUUGUGGCCUGAGCACCCGAGUUGUGUAUUAGGCGUGCAAAGGUUUAAGCCGUCCAUCUGUCGUGGAUUUGUUAUUUUCGGAUCUUUCUAUUGUCUUUGUAUUUAUAUCCUGGAUCAACCUCGGUUCAGACUGUUUUGGAGCGGAUGCAUUAUUUUUUUUUUUUUUUCAAUGAAUGCUUUAGUUGCCUUCAGAUUUGCAUCCUUUAGAGCAGGUAACAUCAGAGCAAAAAAGUUGAAUAUAGUCGAUGAUUUGAAUAUAGAACAAAUAUUGAUUAUUUUGGGUUUGUCAAUUUAUAUUGAUAGGGGAAAAGGUUUUUGAUCAAAGUACAUUUCAUUGUGAAAUUAUGAUUGUUGUCUGUAUUCCAAAGUUCUGAAAUGAAAAUACCACGCUUUUGUGUUUCUUGUGCUUAUUUUUGCAUUAACUUGACCUGAUUUAAUAAACUUUUUGUGUGUGGACCUUC